UUGCUGACGCCAGGUCUUCUGGUCAUCUUCUUCGGCGCCCAGACCGGCAUGAACAUGUACAUGAAGGCCCGCGGCCGCCGAGAGUUCCUGAGCGCCGGGGCCCUGGUGCCCAGAAGGGCGAAGCAUCCCAUGGGAGAAACCCUGCGCCCGGGCCAGGCCAGACAGCGGGCACCGGUCGCAGCCGGGCCGGGGCAGGCACCGGGCAGCACCCCAGGGGGGCGGGCAGAGUUGGGCUCGCAGAGUGCGGGCCAGCACCCGGCCGUGCGGACAGCACCAGGGCAGGGUGAGGACGCUCCAUCAAUCCCAUUUGAACGGUGGCAGCUCACUCAGUAG